GCUGACGAGAUGGCGGCGAUCAACGUGGGAGACUGGCUUCAUGGACUCAGCGGGCCCAUGGGCGAUCUCACGGAUGGGAGCGCAGUGUGGUGGUCCCAGGUCUUGGCGUCGCUCGAGGCUUACUACCGGGACUAUGUGAGCGCGUCGGCGGUCAAGAAGUUGCAGUUGAAGGCUGAUGACUAUGCGGGGGCCAUGUUGCGAGAAGCUAAGUGGCUUCGUGUGGACAAGCGGGCCGCGUCGAUGUUGCUCCAGGCGGUCCCGGAGAAUAUCCGGGUGGAGAUCUUAGCAAACCGGCACCAGACCACCUUGGCGAUGCUUGCGCGGAUCCUGACGAUCUACAGACCGGGGUCAUCGGUGGAGAGGCAGCAGGUGUUGAAGGCACUGGAGUCACCGGGUGCUGCAAACACUCCAAUGGAGCUGGUGGAAGGGCUGAGGCGAUGGGCAAGGUGGCUAAAAAGGGCCCAGGACUUGGGUCUUCAGGUGCCGGAUCCCUCCAUUCUUCUUCGAGGGCUGGAUCAAGCAGCGGGGUCGCAACUCGCUAAGAAUGGCGAAGCGUCCUUUCGGGCGAAUAUGUUGCGCUAUAGCUUGGAACUGGACUCGGACAACAACGAGACCUACUACAUCCACGAAUCCUACGCUGAAGGCUAUGGGAGCAAGUGGGGCAGAGAGCAGUGGAGCGGGCUCUCCCAAGGGGCCUAUAUCGCCAACCACUUCGACGGCGGCGGUGAAGCCAUGCAAGUUCUUUGUUUCCGAGGCUGGGUGUCAGCGGGCUUCAUGCAAGUUCGGAACCACUGGAGCAGCUUCGUCUACGGGACCAGCGUCAAUGGGAGCCUCGACGGUCCGUCUAUGAAGAUGCUGAAGAAAGCGAUCAAGGACUAUGAGGGGAAGAUGGCUUUGGUGGAUUCUGGGGCAACGCACCCGUUGAGGGCGGCAUCAACGGAGGAAUGGGGUUGUGCCGCUGAAGUAGAUGUGGUGGUGGCCGGAGAUGGUGUUAAGCGAAUGCGGCAGAAUGAUACCGGCACGUUGCUUUUGGAACCAGCGGCUACCCGAGCGCAAACAAUCCUACCUGUGGGAAGUUUAGUGGCGGUGUUAGGCUAUGAGCUGAUUUGGACUAAGAAGAAGUGCGUGCUGAAGGGUCCGGACGGCGAGGAGCUGGCAUUGAAGGUGACCUCGGGAUGUCCAGAAGUGAGCGAGGCUACGGCGCUGGAGCUCAUUGCGAAGAUCGAACAGGAGAAGUUGGCGACGCUGGCCCGGAACACCGAGGAAACCAAGCAGGCAAUGGUUCGAGCACGAGAAGUUCAAAUGGAGCCGUGUUGGGAGAAAAGCAUGAAGGAGUACCUGUCCAAUGGGUGCUUCGAGGAUGGUUUCAGGGCACUGGCGUCGGCACCAUGGGCUACUACUGAGAUUCGAGAGGACCUGGCGCGCAUCUUGACCGACCUUCCCAAGGACGACAAGGACGCUUGGCAGUUGAUGCAAGACCUGGGGUUCAACAGAAGAAUGCGAAAGCGUUUGAUGAGCAAGGACUGGGCCGUGAAGCUGUGCAGUGGGCGGCGAACUUCGGUGGAUAAGGUGUUCAAGGCUGUCGAGAGCAACGGUACGGUCGUGUUGGAUGUGGAUGUUCAACGGAUGCCUCUGCUCGACUUGCUGAAGGUGGGUCCGGGAGUGAUGAGGUUGCUUCUUUGGGGCGCGGCUACGGGAAGAGUGGCCAGUAUCCUUUGUGGUCUUCCGAGGCACAACGCUUUGGAGCAUACGUUGCGAGCUGUCGUGUUGAAUGAGGUGGCGGUAGCAGGACGAGAAGCGAUGUGUGCGGAUGUGGACGUUCCAUGUGAUGGCGUAGCUUUUUCCUUGUGGUCGUCGUCUGAGGCAGAGCAGGAUGAGUCGUCGUUGGCAUGGGCGUUCAAGUGGUUUCGGAGAUGGAUUGCGGAAAGGCCCAUAGACUUGCAUCACUUCGAGCAGGGCGGCUUGGGACAUCCCUAUCGUCGACCUACAACGAUGGCAACGAAUUUGGAUGUUGCGGAGCUCAAGGAUGUUCGGGAUUCACGGUGUGAGGAAGAUGACAAGGGCUCGUGGGCUGCAUGGGCUCCUAUGAUGGUGCGAGUCUUGGUUCAGGGGCUCAAACGGUGGAAGCGACGGCCUGGAUGGUACCCCAGGUUGGUCAAAGCCCUCAAGGCGGUGGACAGGCGAGCCUGGGAGAAACACAUUGCCAACGACCACGUUCCUUAUAGAGCAGAUUGCUUGCAGUGUAUUCACAAUGCAACGGGCCGACCGCACCGGAAAUGCUUGCAUCGGGACUGCUACGUGAUGAGUGCAGACACGCUGGGCCCUGUCCGGGUCCAAGGAGUGAAGGGUGAACGAUACGCUGUGGUGUUCACCUACCAGUUCCCUAAGCAGCGAAUGGUUCCUGAGGACCAGCCUAUUCCUGAAGGAGAUCUUGGUGGAUGGGGCCUGGAUGUGGAGGAAGGUGGCAAGGGAACCGAGCCCGAGACUCUUGAUGACUGCGACUACUCCUUUGAUGAGGGACCUGAUGUUGAGCUUUCUCCAGGCGAACUUGAGGAGUUGAGAAAGGUGCAGAUGGAGAAACCCGGGGUGUUCUUGACGGAGCCGCGGGACGAUGAGUUGCUGGCAGCAAGGGCGGCCAAGAAGAAGGAGGUGUCGGAUGAUUGGUGGGAGUUCAGAGAGUCCACGGGGGUGUUAAUACGUCAUCACCUCACCCCUCGCAAGGCGCUAUUCCGACCUACUUCGUGGAAUGGGUGCCCGGUUCCUCCGGCUAAGUUGGACUUCACGCGGGUGACCGAGGUGAAGUAUGUGGGCGGUGGCGUUGACACCGAGACUUCGGAUUGGCAUGGACCGCAAUCGGGCUCCAGGGCACUGGAGCGAUCAUGGACGGGAAGAACUACUUUCCGGAUCUCAGCCGCGGAGGUUCCUGAAGAUGAGGCGGUGCUUGACAAGGACGAGGUGGAUUGGGAAAAGUUGAUUGGUGAUCUCACGAAGCCGGUGGAGAUGGACACGAUCUACAUGGUCUACCCAGUUCGGGCAAGGCGUGGAGGUGAUGUAAUGCUGGCGGUGCAGGAGGCGGUCCUACGACUUAAGCUGAUGGGUCUUCCUGUGGCGCGACUUCACUCAGAUCGGGGCUCAGAGUUUGCUUCGAAGGGGCUCCGGAAAUGGCUAUUGGAUCACGACAUCUACCACACCCGCUCGGAGGCUCUAGUUCUCAUGGCGGAGGCGAAGGUGGGCUUGAAGUAUUGGACCCUGGCAAUGCAACACGCAGCGAAUCGCAGGAUCUACGAGCGACUUGGAGUCACCAAGCCAAAGUUACUGCCAUUCGGGUCAAAAGUGAUGAUCAGGAGGAAGGUGUUCGGGAAGAACAAGAAGUACGACCUCACUGAUAGAUGGGAGGAGGGGACCUAUCUGGGCCUUUCGGACACCAUCAAGGGAGGCGCCAUUGUUCUGCGAGCGAGUGGAGUGCUGACCGAGACGUUGAACCUGAAGUUUGAUGUGAUUGAUCCUCACGCUUUGUUAGCGGAGCGAGAGGAGGACACUGGAACCGGAGUGGGAAGCAUUCCAGCUGCAGAGGUCCCAGUGGUGGAUCUUCCUGAACCAGACCAUAGGUUGAAAGAGAAACAACCACCUCCUCGACUACGAGCUCUAAGGUUGGGCGGCGAUGGUGCACCAUCCGGGUGGACUAUGAGGUCGCUUAUUCAGCAGCAAGAAGAAAGGGCGCGCUACUACUACAACAUGGGCCAGUUUGAUGGAGAGACGUGUGCCAAGGUUCUUCAAGAUGUCCAUGUGGGACGCAAGUCCAGAAGGAGAACGAGAGGGGCAGAAACUUCGGCUUUGGUGUUGGGCGGCUACGUUCAUGGUGGUAUGCGGGGUUCUAUGUCGAUCACAUAUCGACGGCCGUGGUUGACCAAGUACCUCAACAUGGUGCUGAGGCAGAAGACAAUCGAAACUACGAACCGUGAGCCUAAGUGGGCUACUUUGGGAGUGUUUAAGGCGGCAGAGAUACCUCCACAUCGUGACCUACGAAAUCAACCUGGUAUGCCUAACUUUGUCAUGGAGGUGGGUGCUGCGAAUCCGGAUGGUUUGUGGUUGUCCGAUGCUCAUGAAGUUGUUGAGGGUGAUGGAACAGCUGGAGGUGAUCUGCAACGAGAGCUUCCUGACGGUUCUUGUGCUGAAGGACGACUUGUGGAUAUCAAGAACAAGGUUGCUGUGUUUGACCCUAAGAAGUUCCACUCCUAUGUGAAGGGCGAGGACGAGGGCCGGUGGAUCAUAGCGGGAUUUACACCACUUGGGGUGGAAAAUAUUCCGUCAAGGGCGACGGCCUUCCUGAAUCGUUGCGGGUUUCCUCUACAAGGUACUGGGGCUGAAGUCUAUGAUGUUGAAGAUGUGUCGUGGAGCGAGUACAGCGAGGACAGUGAAUUGACCUCAGACCAGUCUUCCGGUGAGGAGGAGAUUGAGCAGCAGGCCCGUGUUCUUCGAUGUGAACUACAGGAGGAGUCUACGCCAGACCAGGAGGAGGAUCUUGAAUCACCGUAUGUGCAAAGGUUGCAGAAGGCGUUCGAGAAGUGCGCUAAGGAGCUUGAGGACUUACAGAUCAAGACGCUGCGCAAGGUGUUGAAGGUGUCCCCGGGUGAGGCUAAGGACGUGGAGGUAGAAGAACUACUACGGGUUCUAUCAGGCCCCUUGGAGGUUGUGCACAAUGUCAGUUUGCCGGAAGUCAAGAAGUAUAUCCACCUUUGGAAAGAGGCUAUUCUGAAGGAAGUUAGUGCACUAGUGGAUUCCGGAACAGUGAAGCGGUUGUCCCCAGAGCAAACACGUGAGCUGAAGAAGGCCGGCCUAGUGGUGUUGCCAGGCAAAGCAGUUUUCACUGUUAAACCUCCUACGGAUGCUCAGAGUUCUACGAGGUUUCGCCGGAAAUGCAGGGUGGUGGUCUGCGGAAACUUCCUACCGUCGCAAGGUCAGAAUGUUUACGCCUCGGGCACAUCGGCGGACACGCUGCGUAUUGCAGUGGCACUGGCUGUUAAGAUGGGCUGGUGUUUGGGAAGCACCGAUGUGGCAAAUGCUUUCACGCUGGCACCUAUGCCUGAGGAGUUGCUGUAUGCGCUGACUCCGCCUACGAUAGUGGUUCUGGCGGGAGCGGCCCAGCCGGGGGAGACCUGGCAGAUAUCCAGGGUGCUCUACGGGUUGCGGGAAGCGCCGAGACUUUGGGGUGACUUCAGGAACGGCAGGCUCAGCGAAGCACGUAUCUCGGUUGGCGAGCGCAUUGUGGUUUUGACCCCUACGACUACUGACGAGAACCUUUGGAAGGUCACCUACUUGGGCGAGGAUAAGGUUUUAGGCCUGGUCCUGGUGUACGUGGACGAUAUCCUUAUGAUGAGUACGAGGGACAUUGUCAAGGGCAUCUAUGCUUGGUUGGUUGCUGAUUGGAAGUGUUCAGAGUUGGAGUGGGUUGAAGAUGGCUCGUUGAGGUUUCUGGGUAUUGAGCUGAGGGUUUGUGGAGACGGUAUACACCUAUCUCAAACCGGAUAUGUACGGGAUCUCCUUCGACAGCAUGGAGUUUCGGAAGAACCUGGAGGGGGUUUAACGGUGCCGUGCUCACGCGAAUGGCUUCAGGACCCAGAUAGUGACGAAGAGAUCGAAGCGGCUGAAGAAGCCAAUGUGAAGUUGGCUCAGAAGGCAACUGGGGAAGCCUUGUGGUUCUCAACGAGGAGUCGGCCGGAGCUUGCACAUGCUGUGGGAUGUAUGGCCUCGUGUGCACUAAAGAGACCCCUGAAAACCCUGGAGAUCAGCAAGCGCGUCAUGAAGUACCUGGCCAGGACAGCAGAGUACGGUAUUUGGUACCGUGUUGUUGAAGAUGAUCCGAUGAUGGUAGUGUACUCUGAUGCCAGUUAUGCACCUGGUGGAGGCCGGUCCUACGGUUCAACGAUGGCGCAAAUUGCGGGCAUGCCGGUCGCGUGGAGGGCGUCAAAGCAGCCGAUAAUUACACUGUCGGUAGCCGAGGCGGAGUUGUAUGAAGGGUGCUCUGCUGUGCAGCUUGGACUUGGAGUAUGUGCACUACUGACUGAGCUGUCCUGGGAUCCAGUGAUGCAUUUGCGGAUAGACAAUGCAGCGGCCCAAGGACUGGCGAGUGAGUCGCCAGGCACAUGGAAGACCCGUCACCUACGUAUACGGGCGAGGUUUCUACGACAAGAAGUUGCGGCUCAGCGGUUGGUGAUAUCUCAUGUGAGCGGUACCUUGCAGAAGGCAGACUUGGGCACGAAGGGGUUUGACUUGCCGAAGUUCAAGGCUUUGAUGGACUUGUGGCAGAUAGUUCCUUUCUGUGCUCAGGAGGCUGCGAAUGCUGCUUUGAGGGCUCUGAGGGUGACUAAUCAACGUGGCCUUUUGCUCUUCGUCGUGAUGUGCCUAUGUUUGGUCAAGGGAGUUCAAGGGAAGGAGGAUUUGCCUUUGGAUGGUUCCAUGGAGUUCUACCUUGUGAUGAUGCUUGCGGUGAUUGCGGCCGUAGGAGUGUGGGAGCUUCUCAAGAAUGUCAAGGCCAAGCUUGAUACGUGGUGGAGGGCUAGGCAGCGACGACAGCAACGAAGUGAACGACUAAGGAAUCGCACACGGGAUGCGAUUCAGGAGGAGCUAAGGCGGCGAGAAGUCGAGAUGAGCCCGAGAACGCCGGCUACCAGGAUGACUACCACGAGUGCAAGAACAACGCCGCCUACAGCUUCAAGGCGGCACAUAUCGGAGGCGAGGUCCUCUGAUGAUGGCUGGACGGUCGGCAGGAGCAUUGGGGUGCAAACCGAUCCUCAGCCUGCGAUGAUACCAGCGAACCGCCUGGAAGCCUACGAUGGCCCGUUCUACAUAACCACCCACGGUGAUCGAGUGCAUUUGACCUCCUACUGCCAUGGACAGCGGAAUGCAACCAGGGCAUCAAAGAGGUAUGAGUUGUGCGAUUACUGUAAUCGUGCUCGAGGGCUGUAUGUUCUCACGGAGCCGAAUGGGUGA